AUGAUCGCUUCUCUCCCAUUGCAAAGGUUCAGAACUAUAGCUCUUGUAUCUGUCGCUUUGCUUCUCUUGGUUGUUAUCUUUUUUUUCUAUCAUCCAUCGAGGGAAGCUCCAAUUCGGUAUGCACUUCCGGAAUGGCCGAGCCAGAAUGAGAUCCAGGCACAACCUGUUCCUCCAAAUUCGAAGAUAAAUGCGCCCACUGAAUACAAUAUUCAACCUUACCACUCUUCCUUCUGUGCCGAACGUUAUGGUCGUCCAUAUCUUGAGAAUACGCGUGAUACUGCGACUGCAUACUGUAAGCCUGGUUCCUCUACGAAUCUGACCUGUUUCCACACGACCAAGUGGCCUGGGUCAGGUAGAGAUACUCUGUGCCUCGGGCAGUCAGCAAAAUGGGAGCCUACUCAAAAAAAGUUCAAUCUCGGAUGUGAGAUUCGAACCUUGGAUGGAGAGGAAAAGGCUAAAGGGUACCCCGAUUUCAACAAUUUUCGAUCUUACUGGUACGGCACUGGCACGAAAGUCAUUUUUGACGACUAUGUCUCGGUAUCUAAAAAAUUCAAUUCAAAUUCUACCACAAAGAAAUAUACCAUUCUUGUCAAACGCGAAGGCGAGGGGAAUCUAUGGCAUUGCUUAAUGGAAAUUUGGUCGACAUUCAUGACCAUGGAUCUCUUGAAAAUGGCUGUUGAUCCUAAAACAAACGCUCCGUUUUACACACCUGAAGAUAUAGAAAACACUCAGAUAGUCAUUCUAGACGAACAUAAGGACGGCCCUUAUAUAGAUCUUUGGACCGCGACUGCACAGAGACCGAUAAUCAGAGUUAACGAGCUUCUCGAGACGACAGAAUUCGAGAAUAUCAUAAUCCCAUUGCCGGGCGCAAGUAAUCCUAUUUGGCAAGGAGACUGGCAAAUUCACGAUUGUGGGCUUUCAGAGUUACUACGUUCGUUUUCUGAUCGAGUUCUUGAUUUCUACAAUGUGGAUCCUUGGAAACCUCAUGAUGGGGACAUAGUUUUGACUUUCAUCAAUCGACGCCGACGACGACUUGUUGAUCAAGAUUCCUACUUAGAAGAGCUCGUGUCACGCUAUCCCCAUGUAAAAAUCCAAAAUAUUGACUUCGAAUCCCUAUCUUUCGCGGAACAAGUCAAGGUAGUCCGUGAGACUGACGUUCUAGUUGGAGUUCAUGGAGCCGGCCUGACUCAUGGUAUGUUUCUUCCCGAACGGUCAGUAAUGGUUGAGAUCUUACCGGAAGAACUCAACCACAAGGGCUUUCGAAAUCUGGCUGGUCUCCGAUCGCACACAUAUCUCAGCGUGCACGCUUCGAAAGUGCCAGCACCUUCGCGCCGGCAAAAGCGGGAAUGGCAUUGGGAAGAUCUCUUGCUGGACCGAGAUCGUUUCUUAGAUCUUAUAGACGUCGCAGUUAAAAGCGUGUAUAACACAGGAUUGCGAAAUUAUGAUAUUCUUACGCAUGUAGUUGAACGAUGGUUUGAGUUGGCUUCUAAAGACUUGACUGGUAUUUAUCAGAGCUUUAUUGGAGCUGCGCUGAAUUUCAGCAUCGCUGAUUAUCAAACCCACGUGAUCAGCUCUCCUUUCAAGGGCAUCUGUUCCAUCAAUGAAAAGAUAAAUUUGACGGGAAUCGAGAAUUCUGUCACAGCAAUGAUGGAUGACCUAUUGGUCGCAUACGCGAGCGCACAAUUGAUGAUUGCGAACGAUACAAAGACCGUCAAUGCGACAGUCACUUACGCGGCAGUUCGCCUCGGCCAACCUGUUUAUGUAUACUCUGUUUUCUUGGUCAAUCUUGCAAUUAUUCUUAUAGCUGUACUGGAAGCCUUCAGAACUCGGGGCUGGACUCAUCUUACAACUUUUGAUUAUAAUGAUUUGAGCUCGCUUGCGACUGCAAGCUCUAGAGGUGGAUAUCAUUUGGCUAAUGCCCUUACGGCUGUCGCCAGAAAGGUGGAGGAUGUCAAUACGGAUUUGAUAUUACGACAGACGAGUACCGGGUUUAGUUUAGGGUUGGCGGCCGUAGAAACAGAGGAGAAAUUUAAUGGUUGGAUAUGAUUGUGUCAGCAGAUAACUGUUGUGUCAACAACUUCCAAGCUCUCUGAUAGUGUCAGUGUUUCAAAUCCAAAAUGAUAAUUCGCAUCUAAUGUAAGAAACCCUUGAAAGCAUUUCGCUCAGUUGUGCGUCGAUGUAUUUGGAUACAUUGGAUGUCAUUUUUCUCAAACUUUAUUCAUCUAGACUUCACUGCAUUCACAAAUUCA